GGCCUUAACUGAGUAAACACACCAAACUGGAGGAGCACAGAGAGGAGAGAAAAGAAAGGUCUGAAAAAUGUGGAUAUUUAAAGGAUUAUAAAGUUUUGGCUUUGAAAGAAACACAGAGAAGAAAACACAAAAGUUUACCUCAGAGUAAAAACAUUUCAAAAUGUGAGAGACAUUUAAAAGCAGAACCAGCAGGACUUCCUUUCAGCAUGCUCCUGUGCAGAGUGCAGAUUUCCUGCGAGGCUGUGAUUGACUCUUUUUAUAUCUUCACCUUUUUUGCACCUGGAUUAAACCCACAGCGUCUUUGGUUUACUGGAUACUUCUGCUUUCCCAGAGGAACCAUCAACAGGGCACGGCAGGCACAGCUGAGUUUGUCAAACAAGCCUCGUAGAGCUCUACAGAUGACGUCUUUCUUGGCAAAGUGAUGUGAAAAGUGCGCCCAGACUGAAGGCUCAGCUGGUUUUCGAAUAGAGGUCCUCCAUCUGCAGAGGGACGAGUUCUCACUCCAGCACAGUGAGCGAUGAGGAAGAAAGGAGAGAGGAGCGCUUCCAAUCAGAGAUGCAGAUGGCCGCAGAAGACAUGAGCAUCAGCCAAUCUGGCAUCAGGACGACUUCCGAUUGCCAAUUUAUACAUAAUAAAUCAAAUGUGACCCCCUAAUUAGAAAAUUGAUACAGUUUACCUGGAGGCGCAUACUGCCAAACAAGAGAUACAUCCAUCUGAAGUGCUCGAUUUUACUCAAAUCCUUAAUUCUCAACACGACUUGAUUUCAGUGAUUACACACAAACUACGGAAACAUUAAGACUCUACCAUGCUGUGACUUAACCUCAAGUAGUUCAGACACAAAUCUCACUAAAACACGACAAAACCACGUCAGAGAUUUGACUUUAUAGACAAGCCCUCACUGCCUUUCAAAUGGCGCUCGCCUGCAUGAAUAAAUGUUAGAUGGCAAGCAGAGCAGGUUGGCUUUCUCCAAUGGAUAUUGUGACGACAUCCCCGAUGGCCCUGCGGACAGGACAGGGACGGCAGAGACACAGCUUGACUGGACGUUCUUCAUCAGUGGUCCUCUCCACAGCCAGCUCCUUCCUCUGUUGGCUCGCCCUGCUGUCAAUAAUGCGGUUGCCAAUGGUAACAGCAGACUGCUGGCUGAUCGAAGGGGAGAAGGGCUUUGUGUGGCUGGCUAUCUGCAGUAUGAACCAGCCGCCUUAUGAGGCCAUCCCCUCCCACAUAAACAGCACUAUAGUGGAUCUGAGGCUGAAUGAGAACAAGAUACGGUCGGUCCAUUAUUCUUCACUCAGCCGCUUUGGCAACCUCACCUAUCUGAACCUCACCAAGAAUGAUAUCAGUUACGUGGAAGACGGAGCGUUCUCAGCCCAAUUCAACCUGCAGGUUCUCCAGAUGGGUUUUAACAAGUUGAGGAACCUGACAGAGGGGAUGCUGCGAGGCCUGGGCAAGCUGCAGUAUCUCUACCUGCAAGCCAACCUCAUAGAGACUGUUACACCCAACACCUUCUGGGAAUGCCCUAACCUCGAGAAUAUAGACCUCUCCAUGAACAGGAUCCAGGUGCUGGAUGGCAGUUUGUUCUCUGGACUCUCAAAGCUAACCACCUGUGAACUGUACACCAACCCCUUCAACUGCUCCUGUGACCUGCUGGGUUUCCUGCGCUGGCUCUCAGCCUUCCCCAACAGGACCAGUGAGAGGAUGGUGUGCGACUCCCCUUCAGGAUUCUUUGGAUACAACCUCCUGAGCCAGAACCCUCGCAUGCCUACCCAACGCAAUGCUCUGCACGUUCUGAGUCUUGUAUGCACGGAUGAUGGCGUAACACCUUUCUUUGUCCUCGGCUCGUCUGACUCCACCACCCUGCCUCCAGAUUUUGCUUCUCCGUGCGGAUUGGAUGAUUGUGCUUCUGGGACCCCUCCAGAUGAGGAGAUCAGCUUAAGCCCCAUUUUCUCUGACGUGAAUCCAAUCAUGACGUUAAAGCAGGUGCAACAUUCAAGCGCUGUGAUAACAGUUCAGAUCCCUCAUCCGUACAAGAAAAUGUAUAUCCUGGUGCUUUAUAACAACAGCUUCUUCACCGAUAUCCAGAAUCUGAAAAACCAGAGGGAAGAUAUUGAACUCAAGAACCUCAAACCUAACACCGACUACACAUACUGUGUGGCGUCUAUACGGAACUCACUGCGCUUCAACCACACCUGUCUGACCCUCUCCACCGGCCGUCGUGCAGGGCCUGGAAGGACUGCCAAUCAAUCGUCAGCCACCCACUACAUUAUGACUAUCUUAGGCUGUUUAUUUGGCAUGCUACUCAUCCUCGGCCUUGUUGUCCACUGCCUCAGGAAGAGGAGGAUCAUGGAGGAGAAGGAGAGGAAAAUGAAUAGGAUCCAGAGGACUCUGAUAGAGCUCAAGUAUGGUGGAGAGGGGGAUAUAGAGGGAGGGAGUGGAGGAUCUGUUUCCCAGAAGCUUGCCGCAGGCGACAGUCUGCCCAGAAUGCCCUACCUUCCUCAGGGUGGAGAGAUAGAUCCAUAUAAGCUGCAGGAGGUGACAGAAACACCGGCGCACAAGCCUGCUAAACUUAACUACAUGGAGGUGAGAGGGUCCGGCAUUGAGAGGGAGAGAGAACGUGAGAGAGAAAGAGAGAGAGAGAGAGAAAGAGAGAUGUCCCCACAAGCAAAUCCACAGGGCUCAGUAGCAGAAAUCUCCACCAUCGCGAAGGAAGUUGAUAAAGUUAACCAGAUCAUCAACAACUGCAUAGAUGCUCUUAAAUCUGAGUCUACCUCCUUUCAGCAGGGGAUGAAAUCUCCCUCCUCUGCAGGCGGAGGGGCGGUUUCAACUGCAGAGCCCCAGCUGGUGCUUCUCUCUGAGCAAGGAGAGAGAGGAGAAAGAGGCAGCGAGUUCCUGUCUCCUGUGUACAAGGGAGGAAGAGGAGGAAGAGACGAGAGGGGGAGAAGCUACCAUCAUUCGCUGCAGCGGCACCACAGCAUGGAGGCCCCCCCAUCCUCAAAGAGGCCUAGUACCUCCUCGUCUCCCGGCUCUGCCCGGAGCCCUCGCUCAUUCCGCUCAGAGGGAGGAUACCACACGUCAGAGGCCCGCUACAUCGAGAGGACCUCGCCCGGAGACAGAGGAGAGAGAGGAGAGAGAGGGGAGAGAGGAGACAGAGGAGAGAGAGGAGAGAGAGGAGAGAGAGGAGAGAGAGGCGGAGGAGGAGACCCCAUCCGUACAGUCAACCCAGCAGCAGCUAUCCUACGGGCUGAAGCCCAGAGAAUUCGCCAGUACAAUGAACACCGCCACUCCUAUCCCGGAUCCCAGCAGCACCUCCAGGACCUUCAGCACCAUCCCCAGAUCCUGCAGGAGCUCCACCACCACCCAGGCCGCAAGCCCUCCAUGUUAGACCCCCUGACCCUCAGCAGGCAGGCCAAACAGCGGGAGCUGGCCUACUCCCAGCUCUCGCCUCACUACCCUCUCUCUCCUCAGUACCACAACCUCAGCUACUGCUCCAGCCCAGAGGAAGACGAGGAGGAGGAAGGGCUUCUCUGCACCCCGACCCUGGGGCUGUGGGAGCGGUUCAAACUGCACCGCAAGAGGCACCGGCAGGCGUCCAUGGAGGACGAAGGAUACGUGGCAGCUGGGCACGCACUUAGGCAAAAGGUUCAGUUCGCAAAGGAUGAGGAUCUUCACGACAUACUGGACUACUGGAAGGGUGUGUCCGCUCAGCAGAAGACCUGAUCUCUCAUUGGAGACCUCAAACCCCUUUGAAGAUGGAAAAUAACUACAUUACAGUCUUAACAUAACGAAAGAAAUACACGCACUGAUAUAAAAAUGACCUGUAAAUACACACAACCCACAUGACUUACAGGAUUUACAGAGUCACACAUACAGUAUACACACACACCAACACACACACACACACAUGGGCUCACACAUCAUCCAAACAAAGCCUUUGCUUCUGAGAACAUCAAGGAGGACCAAACUAAUAUAUUAUAUUAAAAAACAGAAUCAUAACUUAUAGAGAGACUGAGUUACUUUUUGUAAUGUAAUGAAGAUCAUAGCUCAGACUUAUGUAGCUAUUUGUACUAAGUUUUGAAUGAAGAAAAUAAAAUAAACAUCAAGAACAGAAACCUUAAACAUUGCCGGGCAACCCAUCCUGAACAGCCUGCUUUGAAUCUGCCUCCGGACUGACGUUUCUAAAACCCUUUCAGCAGCAGAAGAGUCCGAUCACGCCUCUUUAAGGCCCGGGAUUGAUCCAGGUUCUGCUCUUUGGGGUGGUUGUUUUUGCAUCGCGCCCUGCGAUUCUGCUGCGAGAAAGACACUUUAAAAGAUUUGCCAUUAUGUGGGAUAUAAAAAAACAUCAAAACCACAAAUUCUGGAUGGGUCGCCAGGCAACAGUAAUAUUCAACUGUGCUGAGAAUGAGUAGGUAGCUCUCACCAGAGAGUGAGUAUAAUGUGCCAAAUCAACCAAGGGGAUAGUAGAGCCCUACUGUGUACCAACUUCUCCUCGCCACUGUUUUUAUAUACAGAAUUUAAAAAUCCUAGAAUGAUAUGUUAUUACUAUUAAUUAUUCUUAUAACAUUACUGGUCUUCUUAUUAUUCCUAUGCUCCUCAUCAUUAAUAAUCUAUUAUUUGAAUAUGGCAUGGCUCUGUCGUGUGACUGUGUUUUGACUGUUUUGAACCUCUCAGCUGAGAAGUGCGCACCAACAGAGACAAACAGUGAGACGGACGAGACAUUUGAGUUCUUCUUUUCUACCAAGAGGAAUGUGCUCUCUGCUGAGCCAAAAACAAGCUUGUCUUCUCUCUUGGUGAACCCCUGCUACACCCGCUCCUCAUCCUCCUAAAGAGGGAACGCUGUACAGAUGAGAGAGAGAGAGAGAGAGAAAGAGAGAGAGAGAGAGAAAGAAGUUCUAUAUUUGCAACAGAGGUGACUGUUUUGUUUGUAAAACAUGGUUUUGAAAUCUUUCAGACUUUUCAGAAACCAGAGUCCCAAGUUAGUUACCUACCUGCUCACUUACAAUGGUACGUUUUUGAUUUUGAAAAUCGAACUAAAAAUUCUAAUCUUCAAAUGAAUGUCUUCAAUUCCCACAGGGGAAACAUAUCUGCACUGUUCAAAAUCAAAAAACGACCCUUAGGAAAAGACCUAAACCUCUCAGCUUCCUUCCCGAUAUACUGUAGAUCCACUGUGUUUCCUCAACGACUCAUUUUCUGUUCUCCUCCCAUUUUGCAGGUUUUUUACUUUUGACUUUUGAAUUCCUCUGGUUCCACUGUGGUGCCACUGUGCCAACUUGAUAAGUCACAAACAAGUGUUUGAAAUGAUUUUAAAUACUAUAUUGACAGA